AUGACAAACCAGACCGUCCUCGACACCUUGUCGCAACUGUCCGACAACAUCAAAAUCACUUUUCAGCUCAUCGGCCGCCUCUCCAAACUCUCCUUCCAACCAGGAUCCACCCCGCUACAAGGAGACGGUGACGUCCGUAUCGAGCUUGCUCACGACAUCCGUGACGCUCUCAAACAGCACGACGACACACUUGACACGCUCCGUCAGGAGAUAGAAGAGGUCGUAGAAUUUGGCACUUAUUCUCAGCGUCGCCGCGACAGUCUCAAAGACAGAGAAAGAGCUCGUAUUGCUGCUCAACUAGCCCGUCUAGACGAAGACCUCAAGCACGCUCGAAGCCAAUUCCGCGCCGCCCAGCUAUCGUCAAAACGUGCAUCAGAAGCCGCUAAGCAAAAGGAACGUGAAAUCCUCUUCGCUACUUUACAACAACCUCUCGAGCCUGACUCAACCUCGUCCACUCCUGAUCCUUUCGCUUCUCGCCGCCCUCAACCCAAACAACUCACCCAGGACGAGCUACUCAUCAACGCUUCGACCGACGUGACUUCCGCUCUUCGCCGUACACAUAAUCUGCUUACGUCUGAACUUUCCCGUUCGCGUUUUGCACAAGAGACUCUUGACCAGUCCACAGCAGCCCUCGCUGAUCUAGGUGAGCGUUACACCGAUCUUGAUUCUCUUCUCAACAACAGUAAAACCCUCCUUGGAACCCUCGUGAGAAGUCAAAAAAGUGACACUUGGUAUCUUGAAACUGCCUUUUAUAUCCUCGUCACUACCAUUUGUUGGCUGGUCUUCAGAAGACUAAUCUACGGUCCCGCUUGGUGGUUUUUGUGGCUGCCUUUCAAGUUCUUCUUGCUCAAGCCAUUCUAUCUUCUUCUCGCCGUUUUCGGCAUCACCGGUGGGUCUUCAGCUACUGCCGCAGUCUCUUCCGUAUCGUCAAGUGUUGCCACACAACCAACCAUACGUGUUCAACCCAGCGCCUCAGGUGACCGACCUAGGUUCCGCAGAGGUCCAAUGGAUCAACGCCCAGCAAACGUCGUUCCAGUUGGAGGCGGUGGUGCAAAAGCUGGCUCUGAUGGCCGGCCCAAGGAUCCAAGUCCCGAUGGCAGCAUGUCACAAAAAAUUGGCCAGAUGGCAGAAGCCAGUCGUGAGCAGACAGUGCCUCAGAAAGAGGAGCCACAACAGCCAGAACAACCUCAGAGAAGAGGCGAUGGAACAAUUCUAAAAGAGAGAGGCGAUAUUCCUCGCAAUCCCAAGAAGAAAAUGUGGGAAGAGGACGUCGAAGCAACCAAACAUCAGAUGAGGAAAAGAGAUGAGCUCUAG